AUGUUCGGGCAACUUGUCUGGAGUCCGACUCCAGGGUGUGGCCCAGCCUGGAACCCAGUCUCCACUUGCGUGCCGAUCGCAUGUGGCCCUGCGUCGGGUCCAAUGUGCCCGGCACCCGUAUCAUGGCCGGGGGGUGGCCCGGCACCCGCAUCAUGGCCGGGGGGUGGCCCGGCACCCGUAUGCUGGCCCAUGGGUGGCCUGACACCUGUAUCAUGGCCCGUCGGAGGCCCCAUGCCGGCACAUGGCGCUGGCCCGGAAUUUCAACCAUUUGAAGCCCCAGCGUCAUGCGUGGCCAUGGCCCAAGCCAUGCCAGUACAGCCAGCACCUCAGAGCAUGCAGAGCCCCGUGCAAGCUCAGAGCGUGCAGAGCCCCGUGCAAGCUCAGAGUGUGCAGAGCCCUGUGCAAGCACGAGUGCAGCCGCAAGGAGUGCCAAAAGCGACAGAAGCAUCAGAAGCACAGGUGGCAGAACUCCGUGAGACACUGGCCAAUUUGAUCAAAACGCAGGCUGCAGAGAUGUCCGAGAUGAAGGCCACAGCAAACGGUUUGCGGAGCUUGCUCCUGUCGUAUUGCAUCCCGGAGCAGGAAUUGGACGAGGCUGCCAAUAAGGUCCCAGAUACCCAGUCCGUUUCUACGGAUUGCACCGUGGAUGUUCGCAGUUCCAACAAGGGUACACCACCUCCGUCUGUUCGCAACGACUCCAGCCAGGUGAUGACGAUGAUUGACUCCUGCAGCCUUACCUCUUUCCAAUCUGACAUCCCGACGCCUGAUGGAACGCUGGACGUGGUGGAUGCAGAGCUCCUGUGCUUGGAAAAGAUGACGGGCAUGGUUGCGGACCGCAGCGUGCGCACUCGCCUCGCACGCCUCUCAACGUGCACCGCACUCAUGGCAAUUCAUCGUACGCAGGAGAGAAUCGAGUCACAGGGCGGCAUCUGCCGCAAUCUUUCAGCACUCUUACAAGCGUCUUGCAGGCAUGAGAGCCAGCAAGUGUACAUCCGUCGUGGAACAUGGAAUUCAUCGUGCUGA